ACACUCGUAUGAACGCUCAUGACAGUACCUUCCGCUCUCUUAUGUGGAUUUUUACUGUUUUGACUGAUCUGAGGUCAUCUCAAUAACUAUGUCUGCAGAUAAGAAGCCGAAAAAGAAAAAGCCGGAGGCAGAUUCUGGAAAGGCCAACAGAUGUGGGGUGAAACCAAAGAAAAGCAAAACUAAAAAGAGUGAAGAGUUGUCAGGCGAGGAGGAGAUUACAUGCUCCAAAAAAGACAGCACAACGGUGAAGAAAAAGAAAUCAGAGAAAGACAAAGACGACGCUGGAGGGAAGAACACAAAAAAGAAGCCCAAAAACAGCAAUAAGAAGAAGAACGAUGAUGAUGAGGCGACCCCACAGAAGACAAAGAAGAAAUCCACCAAAGAGAGCUCCCCCGCUGGCACCAAAGAAAAGAAAUCAAAGAGCAAAGAGACCAAAAGUGAACCAGAGAGCAAAAGAAAGACAACUAAGCCUAAAAAGGAGCCAGCUUCUAUGUUUCAGAUAAACGGAGAUAAACCAGACUUCAUCGCAAAAAAGAAAGCCGCCAAGUCUGACAGCGAAGAGAGUGAACCAGAGACUAAAUCCAGCAAGAGCAAAAAGAAAUCGACAGCAAACUCUGCCUCCAUGUUUCAGACUGAAGGAGAAAAAGAUAAGAAAAAAGACAGGAACAGCAAGAACAAGGAGAAAGAGAAGAAUAACAAGAAAAAGAAUUCAGCUAAAUCUGAUGACAGUGAAGAAGAGACUUCUGAAGUGACCAAAAAGAAGAAAGGCAAAGGAAAGAAAAGUAAAAAGGAGGAAAGGCCUCCAUCACCAGAAAUUGAGUUUGAUGACCUUGAGGAGUUUGUCCUUCAACCUGCACCUCAAGGAACCACCAUCAAAUGUAAAGUGACACGAGACAAACGUGGCAUGGACAGAGGCUUCUACCCUACCUACUACCUCCAUUUAGACAAUGAUAAGAAGGUCUUUCUAUUGGCUGGCCGAAAAAGAAAGAAGAGCGCAACCUCAAAUUAUUUGAUCUCCAUAGAUGCCACCGACCUGUCACGUGGUGGUGAUCAUUUUAUCAGAAAGCUUAGGUCAAAUCUCAUGGGUACCAAAUUCACAGUGUUUGACAACGGUCUCAAUCCUGAACGUGCGCUCAGGGACAUGUCUAACGCUCGGCAAGAGCUGGCUGCUAUCAUUUAUGAGACAAACGUCUUGGGGUUUAAAGGGCCCAGGAAAAUGACUGUGAUCAUCCCAGGUAUGGAUGAGGAUGACGAGCGUGUGCCGAUAAGUCCACAAACAGAAACUGACAGUCUGCUUGUGCGCUAUCAAAACAGACAGAUGGACAACAUGAUUGAACUCCACAAAAAAACUCCUGUUUGGAAUGAUGACACUGCCUCAUAUGUCCUCAACUUCUCUGGUCGGGUCACACAGGCCUCCGUCAAAAACUUUCAGAUUGUCCACACUAAAGACAACAGCUACAUUGUGAUGCAGUUUGGGAGGGUGGCAGAUGACAUGUUUACUCUGGACUAUAAUUACCCCAUGUGUGCUGUACAGGCCUUUGCUAUCGCUCUGUCAAGCUUUGAUGGCAAACUGGCCUGUGAGUGAAGGCAAGAAAUUUCAUGACCAACAGCAACUGAAUCAAAACGUUCAUGCAAAAUUAUUAGAAGAAAAAGCCAUGAAGAUUAUUUGUUGACAUUUUAAUGAUUUUCAAUGUGCCUGAAUGAGUCUGAAAGAUCACUGAGGGUGACACAAGUGCAUGUUUUUGAUGUAAGUGUGUGUCUUUUUUGAGGAUUAAUACAUUAUGAUUAAUACAAGUGAAUGAUUAUUUGUUUAUGAAGGGUUGCUUUGUGUUUGUGCGUGCGUGGAUUUGUUUUGAUGCCUAAGCUAAUGAGAUGUUUAAUUCAUAAUUAAAACACCUAAAAUGUAGAACAUAUAGUAAAUGUGUUUUUA